GUGGUCCAGCUGCUACCUGGGGGGAUGCCCCCAAAUGUGGUCCAGCUGGUACCUGGGGGGCAGCCCCAAAGUGUGGUCCAGCUCCUACCUGGGGGGCAGCCCCAGACUGUCAUCCAGCUGCCACCAGCGGGGAUGGCCACUAACGUGGUCCAGCUGCCACCUGGGGGGCUGCCCCUAAAUGUGGCCCAGCUGCCACGUGGGGGGCAGCCCCCAAAUGUGGCCCAGCUGCCACGUGGGGGGCAGCCCCCAAACGUCCAGCUGCCACCUGGGGUUGUCCCCAUGGUUGUGGGUCAGCUCCCAGCUGAUGGGCAGGAGUUACCCCUCCUGCUGCUCCUCCCUGGGGGGAUGAAGCCGGGCAUGCCUCCACCAAAUGCCCCUGCCCAACACCGGCAACAUCCCCAGCGGGCAGGGACACUGCAGCCCCAGCAGCCGAUGGGGCUGCGGCCUGGGGCCAGGCUGCAUGGGAAGCGCCCGCGGUCUGCAGGCAGCUGCCCAAUGCAGACCCCCAGCCGCCCUCUGAAGAAGGUCCGCAGAGAACCACCACGGCAGCAUCAGGUCAUCACCGUGCGCUGCUCCCUGCGCACCCGCCGGGCACAGGAAGGUCAGCCCCUCGGAGAUGCUGUGGUGCAAACAAAGGACCAGGGGAACUCAGCACCCACCAACGUGAGCCCCAAACCCACCACGGCUCCACUCACCUGCAGCACCGCAGCACCGGGAUCUGGUGCAGCGACACCAAGCUCAGACAUCCCGGAGGACAUCAAGGAUCUCCUGACAUCCAUGAACAGCUCAGCAGCAUCCAACUCUGAGAUCCCGGAUGACAUCUCGGACAUGGAUGAUCUGCUCGCGUGGCUCAACAGAGAAGUGGCGAGUCUUCAGGAGGUCCCCCAGCAGAACCAGGACCUGGACAGCCAGAGCAGGGCAGAGCUGCUGCAUUGUAUUAAUCCCACGCAGCCACCAAGCCCAGCUGUCCCCAGCCCAACUGAGCUGCACGCGCCGACAGCCCUGUGCAAUGGCAGCAUCCAGGCCACAAAGAGGAAGCUGCCUCAGGGCCAGGAUGCUCCAGACCCAAAGCGCCGCGUUUGGAGAAGCUGGAAACAGCCCAUGUGCUACCGCAGGAGACACGGCCAGAGACAGCAGUUAAGAUCCCUGUAGCCCUGGGCUCCUCGCCGGCUCCUGCAGCAGCAGCGCUCCAGGGGCUCCAACAUCAGCCCCAGCCCUACACCUCCAAACCUGGGCUGUCCACCAACAACACCUUGGACUCUAUUUUAUUAUGUUAUUUUAUGAUAUUUUAUUUUGGUUUAUAUUACGUUAAAUUUUGUUUUAAACUAUGUUAUUUUACGUUUAAUUCUGUUAUGUUAAACUAUGUUACUUUCUGUUCAAUUACAUUUAAUUAAAUUAAUUAAAUUAAA